AGGGCUGAGCGGUCUCGUCGCCAUGGCAGCGGGAACGCGCCACGCCUCCCGGAUCCUCUGCCAGGGCCGGAGCAGGAGUCUGGAGCAGGCCCUGGUCCAGCGAGGCUCCCAGGACUAAGGAGACUAGCCCUGUGCAUCGAUUUCAGGUAGGGGGCGGGCAAGCUCGAACAUCAGAUCCGGAAGAAUACUAGGCCUAGGAAUUCUUCACCUAUAAAUGGGGAUACUCCACUCCUUUACGCAGUGCUGCUGUGGGGAAAGAGCUUUGUGAACCUUAAAGCGCUCUGGAAAUGUCCUGCUCUCUUACUCUUCCUUGUGUUUGAUUCCUGAGGGUGGUUUUGACCUAGCCCCCUUAGAGCCACAGAAAAUGGGGACCCCUGUGACCAUGGGGUAUUGUAAUCCUCUACAGGCAGGAGAGCCCUUGCAACAGUUACAGACCUACGUGGCAUGGGUGAAUGCACAGCUGAAGAAGAGGCCAGAGGUGAAGCCGGUGCAAGAUCUCCGACAGGAUCUUCGGGAUGGUGUCAUCUUGGCAUACCUGAUAGAGAUUGUUGCUGGAGAGAAGUUGAAUGGGAUACAGCUGAAUCCCAGUAACCAACAGGAGAUGAAGAACAACGUGGAGAAAGUGCUUCAGUUUGUGGCCUCCAAAAAGAUUAGAAUGCACCAGACUUCUGCUAAAGAUAUUGUGGAAGGAAACCUGAAGUCUAUCAUGAGGCUUGUCCUUGCCUUGGCAGCACAUUUCAAACCUGGCUCCAGUAGGAUGGUGAGCCAUAGAAGGGACUCCAGAGCCCCCAUGCAGAGUCAUCAACCACACUCUGCCACUGCUGUGGCACAGGGUGCAGCUGCUGCUCUGGCAGAUGUAUGUCAUGACAUGUCACGGUCAGGACGAGAAGUCUUCCGAUACAGACAGAGAAACAGCAGCAUGGAUGAGGAAAUUGAAAAUCCAUAUUGGAGUGUUCGAGCAUUGGUGCAGCAGUAUGAGGGGCAUCAAGGACCCUCAUCUAAGGACAGUUCCUCCAGUCUGACAUCACCAAGUCCAAUCCACAGUGCAAAGAGUGAGUCCAUUAUAUCCCAGUCGGAAGAGAGGGCAGAUUUUGUGAUUAUCCCUUCUGAAGGACAAGAGAACAGAACAGAAGAGACAGAUUCUCCAUUUCCCCGUGACUGGCUAGCAGGGAGCCCAGGAACAUAUCUAGAGACUUCAUGGGAAGACCAACUGCUGGAGCAACAAGAGCACUUAGAAAAAGAAAUGGAGGAAGCAAAGAAAAUGAUAUCUGGAUUACAGGCCUUACUGCUUAAUGGGUCCCUGCCUGAAGAUGAACAAGAGAGGCCUUUGGCUCUCUUUGAACCAGGAGCCAACCCUGAGGAACAGCUGAUCAUAAUCCAAAGUCGUCUGGACCAGAGCAUGGAGGAAAAUCAGGACCUGAAGAAAGAGUUGCUGAAAUGCAAACAAGAAAUCAGAAAUUUGCAAGGCAUAAAGGAUGCUUUGCAACAGAGAUUGACCCAACAGGAUACAUCUGUUCUUCAGCUUAAACAAGAACUUUUGAGGACAAAUAUGGACAAGGAUGAGCUACACAACCAGAAUGUGGACCUUCAGAGGAAACUAGAUGAGAGGAGCCGCCUCUUAGGAGAGUAUAAAAAAGAGUUGGGUCAGAAGGAUCGACUCAUACAGCAACACCAGGUCAAGCUAGAGGAAGCACUCAGGAAACUUUCUGAGGCCAGUUACCAACAGGUUGAUCUAGAACGAGAACUGGAACAUAAGGAUGUCCUCUUGGCGCAUUGUAUGAAGAGAGAUGCAGAUGAGCAGGUUACCAACUACAACAGUCAUAAUGUUCAAAGCAAUGGAUUUUUCCUUCCAAUGUCUGGGAAAGGAACUGCCUCUGCUGCCCAUAGAGGGGCCAAUGAUCUGCAGCUUGUCCGAGAUGCUCUUCGGAGCCUUCGGAACAGCUUCAGUGGCCACGACCCACAGCACCAUACCAUCGACAGCUUGGAGCAAGGCAUCUCCAGCCUCAUGGAGCGCCUACAUGUCAUGGAGAUGCAGAAGAAACAGGACAGACGGGUUCGGGGCAAAUCACCAAGAGGCAGUGAAUACCGGGAAUCCUGGCCCCCUAAUUCAAAGUUGCCUCAUUCACAGAGUUCUCCAACCAUCAACAACAAUGCUUGCACUAAAGUGCUUUAUUUCACUGACCGUUCACUUACUCCCUUCAUGGUGAACAUACCAAAGAGGUUGGGGGAGGUGACACUGAAGGAUUUUAAAGCAGCUAUUGACCGGGAAGGAAAUCACCGAUACCACUUUAAAGCCCUGGAUCCCGAGUUUGGCACUGUCAAAGAGGAGGUCUUUCAUGAUGAUGAUGUUAUUCCUGGAUGGGAAGGGAAAAUUGUGGCCUGGGUUGAAGAAGAUCAUGGAGAGAACUGACAUUGACUCCUAGACUGGGGGCUUAUGGAACCUGGUCACUUUCUGGCUACUUCACUCAGGAAUGAGGACUUAACCCACUGAAAGGUUUCUAAGUCAUGCUGCCAAAAGAGAAGCCUUUUCAAGUGAGAUAGCCAGAGGCCAGUCCCAUGUGUAUGCCUGGCCUGACUGGUACUCAACAUUCCAUAUCUAGAUGUGGACCAUGGGUUAAUUUGGAGUGGUGACUCCCAGGGGUUGGGAAUGCAUUGUUUUGUUUUAUCCUGAUGACAACAACAAACCGAAGGCCUUAACUAUUGUGGAUGGAUGAUCCCUUCCAGUGAGGGGCAUGGCUGCUACCAUUUUAAAUCUGGGAAUCAGAUGCUUUGCUCCUGCAUGUACAGUAUUAUUUUAAUUGGUCUCUAUGGUUAUAGCAAAUAUAGUCCCAGAAUUUGCACUCAAGGGCAAGGCAAUCUAACAAUUUUCUGCUCCCCUGCAACUUUUGUGAACCAAGAGUACACCUAAGGUGGUACCAAAGAAGAAGGUUCCUCCUUCAAAAAUUCUUUUGGAUUGGAUGUGGAUGAUGCUUAGUUCUUCAUCAGAUAGUGACAUGGCUGCCCCUCUUCUAUUGUAUGGUAUCUCAAAUCAGUAUCAAGAACUUGGACCAAUCUAUCAGAAUUGAUUCUACAGCUUGCUCUUCAAACUGCUUCCUGGGCUAUUUCGUUCUAUGUGUUGCAAGUUUCCUUGGGGGACUGUUUAAUUUUGAAACUGUUUAUUCUUCCAGCUGAUGAACUUUUCAUUUGAAAGGAAUAAGGGGUAAAAAAAGUCCUUAAACAUUCAGGCGGGUAUGGAAAGGUGCUGCUACCUAUAUCUUCUUGACUUUCUUUUUCCUAUGAUUUUCCUUGACUUUUAUUCAGCCAUCAGUCUCUUUUUUCCAGUCCUACUGGGGACAGUCUUGCUGGCCCAGUAUUUCUUUGUGGAACUGGUAGAGUUGGUAUGCCCCAUGGUUUUAGCCCAAGGCGAGACAUUAUUUUAAUGAGGUUUUAUUUAGCAUUGGCCAAUACUUAGGGUGUGGUGAAAACCAUGUGACUUGUUCUGAAUGGCAGGGGGAACCACUUAGUUCCUUUCUACUGUAUUAGACUUGAGUAGUACAGGAAAGUUUUUCUUGGGGGGGGUAGGGAAUUGGGGGGCUCUGGGGAGACAAAUUUCCAAAUAACAUAUGGGAAGCUGAGUUUUCUCACCCACCAGCCAAAUGCUACCUACAACCAACCAGGCAUGCUUAUGAAAAGCAGGCUGAACAUAACUGCCAAUGUACACUGCCAAACCAGAAGAGUCCAACAGAUCAACUCUGGGUUCUUUACCCAUCUGUCUCCAGUUCAUCUCUCAUGUUCCAUUCCCAAAUCAUUUCAGAAGACUGUCCUUUGCAACUCUAAGAUCACAUCUUGUUGUUUUUAUAUGUAGAUAAGUCCUUUUUUUAAAUGGUUCAUGUUUGCAGAAAUUCUUUUGUACCCAUUUGCUGUUCAUUGAGAACCAUGUCUAUUUUUAUAAUAUGAAUGUGAGUACCCUCUGUAUUGUCUCACAUUCUGUAUGAUAUUCGUUUUCUAGAGAACCCAGAUUGCUAGCUUUUAUACAGGCUCUUCUUAUCACCCAUGUGGUUUAAAAAAAAUAGAAUAGAAACCAAGCUUUAUUUUAUUAUGAGUGUACCAGUGACAACUAAUUUCCCAUUUGUUCAACACUACCUGCCAUUUUUGGCAUUGGAGGUAGUUUUGUGUAGUCAACUUGAUUACUCCUUCAGCAGAGAGUUGAGAAGAUCCUUUAUGCCCUUCAUUAUAAAUGUAUCUCAGCUUUUCUCACAAUUGAAGAAUAUGUUUUCUUAUCAGAAAUGACUGUCAAGCAAAUAGUAUUUGGGAAAGUCAAUUGAGAACAAGUGAAAUUUCACUACUGAAGCAAGGAGAAGAAAAUAGUAUAUUCUCCAUCUUUUCCAGGAAAAAUACCCAAUUUCUCUAUUGCAUGAAUUUUAGUAUUUUGCUAUGACAGCAUGUUUAUCAGGCCAAAAUUCUUUGUAUAUUUCACUUAUGACCUGUUUUGAAUGUCUCACAAACAAGUUCUAACUUGUCCAUUUUACUUCAGUCAAUAGUCAUGUUGUUAAGUAGGAUAUGUGCAUUUCCAGAGAAAGCCAACUAAGUUUCAGUCAAGGUGCUCCAUCUUCUCUAGUCUUGAUUCCCCUCCCUUUUUGGAAAGGAGUCACAUGGCACUGAGCCCAAAGAGAAGUUGAAGAUUCUUGGAGGGGGCUAAAAAUGAAGCAUAUGCUUUCAUUAUAUUUUGGUUUGGAUUCUGCUCCAAAUCCUCCAUGUACAUUAGAGAGUCCUAUAGAGUCAUUAAGCAGUUAAUGACUCUUUCCUGAGAGUUACUAUCCCUUUCAGCAUCACUUUUUGCACCCAUGUCACUGAAUAACAGAGAGUUAUGAUGUUGAGUGACUACCCAUGCCACAUAGAAUCAACCAAAUAAAAGUGAACUUGUUUCAUUUUUAGCCCCCUCCAAGAAUCAUCAACUUCUCUUUGGGCUCAGUGCCAUGUGACUCCUCUCUAAUGACAUUUUGUUCAAGGUAUUAUAAUGAAACAUUGGUGGGAUAUAUGAAGGUGAAGUCUAUGCUGUUGUUGUUUCAGUUAAGCUUGAAAAAAAAUAUUCCUAGAACACUCACAUGUUAUUAGACUCUCAGUAGAAGAAAUACUACUUAAAAUUUAAAUGAUUUUAAAAAAAAUUAAUGCCUUCUGGAUAAAAACUAGUCUACAGAGGAGUCCAAGCCCUUAAAAAGUCUUGAAACCAAGGCUACUCUUUCAUUGUUUGGUUUUCUAAAUUAGCUGGAAUUGGAACACUCCAUAGUAAGUGCAUAAACAGCUUGGGUUCAGUGUCUUUUUGCAUGGCAAUCCUACAUUUUGUUUUCCAGCUCUUUAAAUCUCUUCCCUCAGGAUAGAUUAUAGCAGGGAAAAUUAUCUCCAUGUAUCUAUAAAAUCCAGGAGAAAUCUAAUAAUUUUUUAAAAAGCACUUAAGUUGGUUAACAUUUUUUUAAUUUUUUCCACAAAAUGUUCAUUAUUUUUGCACAGUCAUACCUACUUUAUUGUCUGAGUUUGUAUACAGGUGUGGCAUGCUUAAGACACAUCUAUGUUAAGUUUUAUUUUCUUAGAAACAUGAUUAUUUGCAACCAUUGGUUUCAAAGAAUUAUUGCACAUACUUCCUAUUUUCUAGCACUCUCAGCAAAAAUUUCCCUGUGUUAAUUCCAGAGGCUUCUGAUUUGUCUGUUACUGAAUUGAUAACCAGUCUUACCUGCCUGUAUGUACUAGAGAUUUGUGUGCUCAUUGGAAAAAGAAAAUGACACAAGCAAUGAAUAAAAUGGAAUUUGCAAACUAAACCCUUUAAUAACCCUGCCUCUAGUUUUUCAAGUGAAGUUAAUAAAAAUUUAACUUUCA